UGCGAGCAGUGCCCGUCCGCCCGCCCUUUCCGCUUCCGCCGCCGGAGCCGCCGCCAUGAUCGGGGAUCUGCUGCUCUGCGGGACGCUGCUGGUGAACGCUGGUGCCGUGCUCAACUUCAGGCUGAGGAAGAGGAACACGGAGGGAUUCGGCGAGGAGUCGAGGGAGCCCACGACCGGUGAUAAUAUCAGGGAGUUCUUGCUGAGUCUCAGAUACUUUCGAAUCUUCAUUGCCUUGUGGAACAUCUUCAUGAUGUUCUGCAUGAUCGUGAUAUUUGGAUCUUGAAAGUCAUCCACAAACAUGCCUAUUACCAUGGAGGAGACACUUGGCUGUAAACAUAACUUUUCUAUAAAGUAGAAGAAUACAAUGCUUUUAAAACACAGCCCUGGGACCGUGGCCUGUUCUUUGGUGCAAGCUUCUGUCGUGCUCCAGGGACGGAACACAUCCAUCCUCUUCAGACAGUUGUGUCAUCAUCUGGUGCACACUGAGUCACUUGCUGCUGAGGGGAUUGAGCCUUUAGGCCCCCAAGCCCAAAUCCUCAAAGUAAGAUUAUUUCAACUUUCCUGAAAUAAAGAGUACUUCAAAUUAUUUUGCUAGGCUUAGAGCACGGUGCCCAGCACACAGAAUAGAAUUGGAGCAUGACUGAAGAGCAGUCUUAAAGCUCUGUGUUGUUGGUCCCUCCCAACUCUGAUGUCUCUGCUAUCACCAUCCUCUGGGAAACCUGGAAGUUGCACUUUGUGAUUCUGAUUUUUAUAAAGCUGAGCAAAGAAUUGGUGUAACUCCACACUGUUCCAUUUAGUUUUGUUGGAGAACUAGAAACAGAUGAUCAAAUGGAAUUCUCAUCUUUUGCUGUUAUUCCAAGAAAGUGCUUUUUAAAUUAAAAUUUUAGAGAAUUGGUUUUGUGUUGGUUUGGUUUUUUCCCCUAAGCAAUAUUUAGGGCAUUUUCUAUAGGAAACAUAGCAAAAAUAAUUAUGUAAGGCAAUGCUAAGGAAUAGUUUUGGAAUGAUCUUGGAUUUGGUUGAA